CAGGAGAAACACACACACACACACACACACACACACACACACACACACACACACACUCGAUCCUUUGUGACUCGGCCGCUCCAUACACGCCAUACACGUUCUUUGCUCUCUCUCUCCUCCUUCACUUCGGUUACUCCACGGCGAGGGCCUCUUCUGCCACUUGUCUGGCCGGGAAUGCUCCUCACCGUGAUGUAGUGAUGAUGGAAGGCUUUGCAGUAAUGGCUCAUCCCACACUGAGGACUCUCACGCCCCAGCAAGGCUCCCUAGCAACGCGCCGCAUCACGUCCAGCACCACGCGUGUAUAGGAGAGUGGGUGAAAGCCCUGCCCCUCCGCCCUUUACCUAUAUAAGAUAAGAAGUGGAGCCGCGACUGCCAUUUAUCCAGUAGCCGCUCCAGCCCGCGCAAUCCACACCCGCGCCAGGUAAAAAAGUAGGUUUACAGCAGCCGCCUCACGCAGCCUUGCACGCGCACUGUGACAACACAUUCUGUAAUACAGUAACGGACCCCAGUGUGUGCAAGCCUACGCCAAGGAAGUUCAGACCGCGUGGCUCAGGCAGGAUGCAGGCCAGACUGUUGGCGGUGGCGGUGACGGUAGCGGUGGUGAUGGCCAUGCCCAUGCCUCAGCUCACAGCCCAGCCCACACCUCAGCUCACAGCUCAGCCCACACCUCAGCUCACAGCUCAGCCCACACCUCAGCUCACAGCUCAGUCCACACCUCAGCUCACAGCUCAACCCACACCUCAGGUCACACCUCAGCCCUCAACUCAACCCAGGGUGACUCUGGAGGAGGCCUUCAUGAACCGAACAAGCGUGGAGGCUGUGGUGGACUGCUUCAUUGAUAACACGAGAUGUGAUGCCGAGCAGGUCAAGAUCAGAGAGCGAGCUAUGGCAGCCAUGAUGAACAUGGGGCGGUGUCCGGCGACGCUGUGCACGGAGCAGCAGCAGCUGGAGAUGACCCGCGCCAUGGAGCUGCUGCAGGAGCAACACAAGGACCUGUGGAUCAAACUGCUGAUUUCCAUGUUUGACCUGGACCUGCCCUAGAACGCGCGGAGCCAGCGGCCCACUCCUCUAGCAGGCACUUCGCCCCGGGCGACGCAUGACAGGUCUGGAGGCAGUGGUGGCAGCGGGACGGGCAGGGUGACGGAGUGACGGUCCGCAGCGGCAAAACUAUGUGUGUGUGAUGACAGUACACGGGACUGAAGUGGAAUAAAGGAACAGCGGAGCACGCGAUGCACGAAGAAAGCUUGAACUUUGCCCUGCAGUGAACCAGCGCCGCCCGGGGAUGUUGGAGUGCGGCGGGCGUGGUGGCAGACAGCACGGGUGUACAGAUUAGAAGAUUGCGAAUAAGGAUAAGUUGAUGUGUGCCACGCUCGCAUGAACUGUACAACAGAUCAUCCAGCAUGUGGUGAGUGCAGGUGACCGAGGACUAGCAGUAGUGUCCGUGCGGAUGUGCACGAGUGUCGCGUGUAAGGAGGAAGUACAAGGCUACGCGGAUGUCCUUUCUUCGUGUGGACGUGGAUCUGUGUGGAUGAUGCAGUACACUGAUGUUAAGUUUCACAAGGUUACCUAAACAUUCCCUGUCCCAAAGUGAGGGACACUUCUAGACUAGAUCUCACACCGCCUGAUAACGUGAUUUGACUUAAUCUCAUUUAACGAGUUAUUAGUUUCUGACUGAAGGAAAAAUAAAGUAUAAAUGCAGUGAUCAUAAAUUAAUUGAUAUUUUCUGCCGAAGAAAGUCCAGAUGUACGUAUUAUCAUGUAGAAGUGUAGGUUAUGAGUGAAUAAACGGUCAUUAAAUAGUUUAGAUAUUCCCUUAAUCAUUCACGUUACGCCCAGACACGUGGCGGAUCAACAGCUGACACUGUUGAUUGUAUUGUAAGAUCUUUAUCAUUACAAGAAAGACAGACGAAAUAAAGCCAUAUUUUGGAAACUUUACAGCGUCAUCCUGUUACGUUUUAUUGGCGAGGCCUUGAGAUUCUGUGUUGCUAGGUGUGUGUGAGUGUGUGUGGGGGCGGGGUGUGUGAGUGUGUGUGGGGGCGGGGUGGUUGCGCCUGCUUUUACCACAUACACCGCACCAUAAGGACGAGACGGAAGGGAGGCGCAACUAAUGCAACCCUGGUUACCUGAUAUCCUUGUUCACUAGAAUUUAAGGAACUUCUCACUUUCAUGUUUUGCUUCCUCUCAGUCUUGGAUCCCUAAACCUACCGACCGACAGUCUUACAAAACCUGGUAAUGGACUUUUAGCAGAGAACUUAAGAGUGAGGGAACUUUUAAACAUAGUGAGGUGCAGUAUGUUACUCAAUUAGUAUUAACUAUAAUCGUACAGUAACAAUAAUGAUGUUUUCGUAACUCUUAGCACUUCCUUUUUUUGGUUCUGUAACGCAGUAAAGAUGGUUAGAGAGUAUCAUCACUACCCUUGUUCGUCUUUAUAAAUUUAACACUUCCUUGUUUUUUGUCCUCUAAUGCACCUAAUAUAGUCAGACAGUAUCAUCACUGCCCUUGUUUCUCUCCAUAACUCUAAUUCUUCCUUGUCUUUUGUCUUUUAAUCUGUUCUCCCAAUAAUGGUCAGAAUGUAUCAUCACUAUUCUUUUGUUUUUCGUGUCAUUUCUUCAAACUCCUGACGUGCUCAUAAACAUGUUCCUAAAUCUCAUCUCUUUUCUCUUGAACCUCGCCUCUCAGUCCUUCAAACUCUUCUCGUGGGAACCAAAACAAAGAAUGGAGUUUGUAUAGUACAGAUCAGUUAUAAGUUUCAUGUACAUUGUGGUAAAAUAAAGUAACCUAAAUGAA